GUUGGCAGGAAGAGCUACAGAGCGGAGAUACAUGAUGAUGUCAACACGCCAGUGAUCCUCUCGGUCUGGCAAACACAAGGCCUUUUUAACCCAUCGAUUUCUUGUUAUAUAUCGUAAUGGUCUGGUGGGAUUGUACAAGUAAUGUUCUGCCUGAUCUCAGAGGUGGUCGUUGUGUCGGCUCUGUCCUUUAAGGCGCAUUGCAGCUUUGCUCAAGGACUCUAGCGAUCAUCCGCAGCAUCCGGAGGAGUCCAGAUCCUACUGAUGCACCAGUGUGGAGAGCAGGAAGCUGGUGUUCACUGAAAAACCACAGUCAAAUGUAACAGGAAGGAUGGCAGCAAUCAGUGGGGCUUGAUUCGCCAGUGAAGUAACCCCGGAGUAAUUCUUUAAUCAAACCAGCUUGGUCUUUUCCCUAGACUGGGAGUUGUUUUUAUCUCAAAGGAGCUGGACUGUGAUCCUUGCCAAGGACUUGUAUUCUGUGCAGCACAGAGAUUUGCCCGGGCGAGAUUAGACACCAUCUGGCUAAUUUGACAGGAUUGAGAGUGAUGAGAUGUAUCUGGCAAUGUCAAAGCAAAAUCAUUUUGGCUGUUUGACCAGAGAUCUAGAGACAUGGAGAAUCUGAGCCUCAUCUCUCCUUAUCUACACUUCUGAGCUGUGUUUGAGUCAGGAGGACCAUGCUCUGCUCAGAGCGUGGCGUGGUGGAGGAAUGGCUCUCAGAGUUCAAGACAUUACCUGACGAUCAGAUCUGCAGCUAUUCUGGCAGCCUGCGUCUGAAGAAAGCUCUGGUACCUGCGCUCUACGCUGUUAUUCAGCAGCAGCCCAUCAGUGAGCUGCUGGCUCCGGUGUGUCAUCAGUUGUUUGAGCUGUACCGGAGCUCAGAGGAGGGGUUGCGUCGGUUUACUCUGCAGUUCCUGCCUGAACUCAUCUUGGUGUACUUGCGUCAGUCAGCCAGCAGAGAGCGCUACCGCAAUGGCUGCGUGGAAGCCCUGCUGCUGGGGAUCUAUAACCUGGAAAUUGUUGACAGUAAAGGAAAUGGAAAGCUGCUGUCUUUCACCAUACCGUCUCUCUCCAAGCCUUCAAUAUACCAUGAGCCAUCCAGCCUGGGCUCCAUGGCGUUAACUGAGGGAGCCCUGAACCAGCACGACCUCAUCCGGGUGGUCUACAGCGGUCUGCUAUCUCAGAGAGAGACAUUUACCUCACAGAACAGGUUUGAGGUGCUGUCUUUUCUAAUGCUCUGCUACAACUCAGCCGUGGUCUUGAUGCCUGCGUCCUCCCACCAAUCGGUUUGCAGAAUGAGCACACGGCUGUGUGUGAGCGGUUACCCGCGCCAGCAGCAAAAGUCAUGGAAGGAGCCGUAUAACCGGGUCCGAUUGGAGCCAGAGUUCAUGGUGCAGAUGCUGACUGCUGUUUACCACGCCAUUUAUAAUGGGCAGUGGGAAUUGGGGAGGGAAGCUUUGGAUGACAUCCUCUACCGAGCACAGCUAGACCUCCAUGCACAGCCAUUACUGGUGGCAAAUGCAAUUAGUCGCUCACUUCCGUCCCGUCCUCCAGAGGGCUCGCAUAACCUUCUGGAGGUGGAAGUAACACCUGCUGGGAGAUGUGUCUCACAGGCAGCUGUCACUACCGCCUCCAUUCGCCGUCUCCGCUGGAAACAAGAGGAUGCUGAUGGCAUGAUCUGUGGAGAGGACUCUUUUGACCCAGAUGAAGGGUUUUCCUCUGGGGCUUCCAGCAGCAGCCAGCCCAGCAGUGUGAAACGUGACUGGGUCAUAAUGGGCAUUCGACCUUCCCGAGAUCCGGGAGCCAGACAGAGGGAAAGCACGUCAGCUGACACCAGAGCCACCCUCCGAAGCCUUCAGCAACGGCACCAGUCCCCUCCCCCUGCCAUCAGCCUUCAAACCACAGGAAGCAGCCCCAGUCCCAGUGCUCCCAGACGCUAUCUGGAUCCACAUUACAUCCCUCCCUUCGCUGGUGUGCCGCCUAAAACCAGCAGCACAUCUUCUAGCAAGUCUCUUGACUGUACCGGCCUAAACGGCUCAUCGGGACCUACAGAUAGCCUAUCGUUUGGAAGCCUCAAUGCAGACAGGGCACACUAUCUGUCAGCCGUUAGCUUACAAGAGGAACGUCUAGGGCGAACAACGCGGAGCCAGGAUCUCCUCUCCCCCGGGAGUCCGUUCUCCUCUGGAAGCCCAUUGUCCAAACAGUCUCGGUCACCCAGUUUUAAUAUGCAGAUUAUAUCACAGGUGUAGAAUGAUUCUGCUGGGCUGUGUGUGCAUGAGAAUACGAAAGCCUAUUUCUGCCUUGGAAUAAUAAAAAAGGUAAUUUCGACCUUUUUAUCUCCCAAUUCUGGCAUUGUUUCUCGUAAUUCUGAUUCAGUGUCUCACAAUUCAGAUUUUCAGUUUAAAUAAAUAAAUAGUUUUAUAAAUUUAAAUAUAGAUAGAUAUAACCUCAUAAUUCUGAGGGAAUUGCAAGAUGUUAACUUUAUUAUAUUUAUUUCAUGAUAGAAAAAAAACAAAUGCAAGAUAUAAACUCAGGAUUUUGUAAACACAAAAGAACUUUUAGAUAUUAAGAAGGUAAGUCAAAAUUGUGAGAUAAACUCUUGCAGCUGCAAGAAAAAGGUUUAAUUUGUGAGUUGCAAUUAGCUUUUUUUUGUUUUUAAAUAAAAUUGCUAUUCUAAAAAAGUCUUAUUUUUUUAUUACAUGGAAGAAAAUAAAUUGCAAGACGUAAACUCAGAAUUAUGAGGAAAAAGUCAGAAUCGUGUGAUAUUUGAGAUAAAAAGAUGCAAUUACUUUAUAUAUAUGUGGCAGAAACUAACUUCCAUUUGAGUAAGUGAAAGCGAGAGAGAGAGAGAGAGAGAGAAGCAGAAAUGUUAACAUGCAUGUUGUAUGGUGCGAGUGUGAGUGUGUUUGAAUGACAGUGUGCUUAUACACUUUUAUUUGAUCACUACAUUAUGCACUUGGGUUCGGUGUGGAGGAAAAAACUUGUUUUGCACAAUGGACACAUUCAAGUUCACAUAAUUUGUUUUAAAUGUGCCAUACAAACAUACAAUAACAAGGUGUUACUUAAGAGGAACAUACAUUACUGUAACAAAGCAAUGAACUUCAAAAACUGACAAUCAUGGUCAAUGCAUCAAGAAAGGCCUGAUAGUGCAUGAUCCAAAGAGUUUUAUCUAGCCCAGCUGUACUGUAGGUCAUCCUCAAGAAAUCCUCUUCUAUGUCUUCAUUUCGGUUUGUGCUGACUGAGCCCGCUUACUGUUGCCUGUGCUCUUCACCCACUUUAGAAAGUAAAUUGUGUGGAUUGCCUCAAUGAAAUGCUAUGUCGUGAAAAAAAAAAAAAAAUUAUAAUAAUAAAAAAAACAGUAUAUGUUGUACUUUGGAAUAAGUUUAUAUUUUAAAUUGUGUAUAUUUUGUGUAAAUGAUUAUUGUACUAUAGAGAGAGUAUAUGCUAACAGAAUCUAUAUUGCUUGUACAGAGAUAGGAAGCUAUCUGCGGAAUGGUGAAUAAAUGUGCUGUUCAUGG